AUGGCAUUAUUUCAAAUUGUGAUUUUGGUAUUAUUCAUGAUGCCACAUGGUAUUGCAAUGGCCUAUUUCGCUAGUUCAGCAGGCAUUGUCAAGAAUGCUUAUCGUAUGUCUCAAGAACAGGUAGUUCAACUCUUUUUUAACCUCUAUGGUUAUGGUCCAUUUGCGAGCUCAUUCUACUGUUAUUAUGCAGCAUCGAAAGUAUUUCGCAAGCAAGUCUUAGAUACGAUCAAGCAAUUAGUACAAAAUAAUUGGAGAAGAAAUCAAAUUUUGCCAUUAAUACAUACGAAUCCUCCACCUACUAUUCAACAACAGAUAGUCUAG